CUGCUAGUGUGCUGUGAAUGUGAAGCAGGAGGGAUUGGCAGUUUGUGUGCAAGAAGGAAAGCAAAAAGGUCCAGGGCCUCCGGAUUAGCAGCUAAGGAAAGGAGAGAAAGAAAAUAUAUCUGAAAAACAAAGGUGUAUUUCUCCAGUAGGAUUUCAAGGGCUGCCUGUCUGCCCGGACUACAGGGAAGUAUCCUCCAGGCACCACGCACGCAGACGUAUUCCUCUGGAUUAGCGACACUGUUAUUUAGUCUUGCUCUUGCUGAGAAGGCUUCCACACAACACUUCAACGAUGAAUUUCCUCCGAAGGCGUCUCUCAGACAGUAGUUUUGUGGCUAAUUUGCCCAAUGGCUACAUGAUGGACCUGCAACGCCCUGACAACUCCACUAGCUCUCCAGUUUCUCCUGCCACGGAGAGAAAGCAUCCGCAGCCACCACAGCCAUCCCACUCUUCCUCUCCGGGCACCAGCAUCUUCAGCUCCAUCUCUAGCGCCAUGAAACAAACCACACAAGCAGCCGCAGGACUAAUUGAUCACUCGGCCAGCUCCGCACCACCUGUGGCCCAGAAACCCAAGAUCCUCUUGGUGAUCGAUGAUGCACACACAGACUGGGCCAAAUAUUUCCAAGGGAAGAAGGUGAAUGGAGAAUUUGAUAUCCGAGUGGAACAGGCUGAGUUCUCCGAGCUGAACCUGGCUGCUUAUGUCACUGGCGGCUGCAUGGUGGACAUGCAGGUCACGAGGAAUGGCACCAAGGUGGUAAGGUCCUUCAAGCCUGACUUUGUUCUGAUCCGGCAGCAUGCCUACAGCAUGGCGCUGGGAGAGGACUUCCGCAGCCUCAUCAUCGGCCUCCAGUACGGUGGUAUCCACACAGUCAACUCCCUCUACUCCAUCUACAACUUCUGCAGCAAGCCCUGGGUGUUCUCUCAGCUCAUUAAAAUCUUCAACUCGCUGGGUCCUGAGAAGUUUCCCCUCGUGGAGCAAACGUUCUUCCCAAGCCAUAAGCAGAUGCUCACAACCCCAAAUUUUCCCGUAGUGGUCAAGCUGGGACAUGCUCAUGCUGGAAUGGGGAAGGUCAAAGUUGAGAGCCAAUAUGACUUCCGGGACAUGGCUAGCAUAGUAGCCAUGGCAAAAACCUACGCCACCACCGAGCCGUUCAUCGACUCCAAGUACGACAUCCGAAUCCAGAAAAUCGGCAGCAAUUACAAGGCUUACAUGAGGACAUCCAUCUCUGGAAACUGGAAGGCAAAUACAGGUUCUGCCAUGCUAGAACAGAUUGCAAUGACAGAGAGGUACAGACUCUGGGCGGACGCCUGCGCAGAAAUGUUUGGAGGUCUUGAUAUUUGUGCCGUCAAAGCUGUCCACAGCAAAGAUGGAAAAGACUAUAUCAUUGAGGUGAUGGACAGCUCAAUGCCUCUGAUUGGGGAGCAUGUGGAAGAGGACAGACAGCUUAUAGCAGAUCUGGUUGUUUCCAAAAUGAGUCAGCUUGUCAUAACUGCUGGAUCUACCCCAUCACCGCUGAGGUCUUGGCCUCAAGUUCAGCCUCAGUCAGUGAAAUCUCAGCCUGGAUCUCAGCUCGGACAACUGUCCCAACCACGGCCUCCUCCACAAGGUGGACCACGCCAGCCUCAGGGAUCUCAGCCUCCACGGACAAGCGCACCACCCCAGCAACGGCUUUCUCCUCAAGGACAGCAGCCCCAGAGUCCCCAGUCCACUUCACCUCAGCAACAAAGGUCACCUGGAUCUCCACAGCAAGUCCGAUCAGCGACUGGGUCCUCCCCAGUGCAGGCUUCCAAGGCAGGCAUCUUUCCACCACAGCAGCCUAGACCUCCUGCUCAAGGCCGGGCCCCUAGCCAGCCAAGCCCCACUGACGUGUCCAAGCAGCAGGCCACUCCACACCCACAUCUGAACAAAUCACAGUCCCUGACAAACACCUUCAGCAUAUCUGAAUCAUCUCAGCGAGGAAAUGCCAAUGAAGAUGAAGCAAAAGCUGAGACCAUCCGCAAUCUGAGGAAAUCGUUUGCUAGCCUGUUUUCCGACUAAUAGCCCUGCAGCCAGAUCUGUGCUUUUGUCAGCCUUCACUCUUCAUAUCAGCCCAACCUGAUGUCAUCCCAGAAUGUAAUCGAUGCUACCUGGUGAUUCACACAAAGAUUUCAACUAAUACCUGGGUAAAAGGAAUUUAGAAACCUAUAGUUGUUCUAAUUAAAAAAAAAAAAAAUCCAGUAACGGUCUGAAAAGUGACUGUAUAAAAGUGGCACUAUUUCAUUGUUCUUUGUGAAUACUCAGAAUUACAUCUGCUCGAAUGACUGAGUUGUAAAGCAAAUUUUAUUCCUGCUAACCCCUGUGGAGUCAACACAGUUAUUUAUGACAGUGCAAACUAGAUUUUAUGUUAUUUGUAUAUAGUCAAUACAAUUGUUAACUUGCAAGUACAGAACCCUUGUUGAGGCUGAGCUAAAAAGAACAUAGGCUGAUUUCAGAAACAGAUUGCAAACAUGGUGUUAAGAAUAAACAUUCAUUGACUGAUAAACGUGAGCAUGCCUGAGCAUGGAAACAGCGUGAAUUGAACUUCAUGAUACCAACUUGAUAAAAAGUCACUUUUCAGAGCAAAACUCCAUUCAAGCAAAAUGUGGUACCAGGCGUCAGUAAACGCCAAAGAUCACAUGAGCAGAGCAUCCAGAGGGACUGCAGGUCUGCUCCAGAUCUCUCUGCUCAUAGCAAUUAAAAUGUCUCUGUUUCAUGCCUUGCAUUUAUGUUCCCUGCAUGUGAUUCUUGAGUUCUGAGAGAAAAAUGUCACAUUCUAACCUUGGAGCCUUAGCUCAAAAAUAACCUGAGAAAUGGGCCUUCCACACAAAAAAACAACCUCUUCCCCUGCCCUCAGAAACACCACAGAGUUCAUAUCCACAGUUCACACAAAUUCCAGAUAAAACCCGGCUCAACUCCAAGUACUUUGGUGACUUGGUCACAUCUGGCUAAAUGCGCCCCCCGGGAACAAGCACAAUUAAUAGCAGAGCUGAUGAAGUGCACAUACCCAUGUGCUGAGUGUUCCAUAACGCAAAAUGGAUAGAGAGAUGGAGUGAAACCCUGUCUCCCUCCUUGAACUCCCAUUGACUUCACAAGGGUGAGUGCAAAAUGAAUACAAGUUGACAGACCUCUGACAGAACCGAAAACUAGCAUUUAGAAAUAAGAUGAGCCAGGGUAGAUCCAGUGACUCCAGGCAAUGGGAAAGCAAUAUAUCCAUAUAAACAUGCAGGCGUGUUUAGUUUAAACUGGAAGGCCAUGCACAUGAUUGACCCAAGCAGGUAAUGAUCAAUAUUAGAUGUCCUCCCUCACCACCCACAGGGAUUAUUCUUCUGGAGAAGUCAGAGAUGGAAGAAAAACAGUAUUUCUUUGCCUGCCUUACUUUCCCUCCAAGCCUCUAAUACAGAAUGGAGUAGCAUUUGAGCGCAAACGGGGACUGGGUCGUGGCAAAACCAGGAGUGGCACAAGCUACGUUUGCAAUUUAAACAAUUUGGUGUAAAUCAGUAUAGCUAUGGCUAUUUCCACCUGCUGAGAUAAUCUAGCCCUUGAACUGUGGUAGUUCUGUUUAUAACACACCUAAUGAAAACACCAGUUCCCAUAGCACCAUCUGACAGACAUGAGACAGGGCUCUAUGAGGAGGCAGGCAAACCUGCUCGAUUUUUCCUCAGGCUUUGCCAAGUAGCUUGGUCACAAACCGUGCAUACAGUUUCAAAGCCUGACUUUUGGCUUUGUGUCUCCCUCUACAACUCCCCAUGGGUUACACUUAGGAGCACCAGUGGACGUAAGUAAGUUAAAAACUUUCCAGCCAAUGGCACAGAUCUUUGCUGUGACUUAAACAGGGAGAUCCUCAAAGCAGCAACAGCAGCAUUUGCCAUCUCGGAUCUUAUGAUUUACAGAUCACGGUGGGAAUGAAGCCAAACAAACAAUUCCUUCCUGUACAGCACCUGUAAUGAACAUCUAGAUCCAAUCUGGACCUAGUAUAACCUACCCCUGAACAGGCAGGCCUUUACACAUAUAAUGGCUUUCACGACCUGCGCACUUUCAGGCAAGCAACUUGCACAGCUUUUCCAGGUUGGAAGGCUCUUAAGGGACUCAUCUGGAUCAAUGAUUUAUAUCUCAAGUUCAGUAUUAAAGAACCACCUUAUUCCCCGAUGAUUUGUCUUUUUUUUUUUUUAGUCUAUGUUGUCCUUCCAGGUUUGCUAAGCAGCUUACAACAUAGCAUCAUAAAUAGAUGUCAUUGUAGGAGAAAGAAAACAGACCCUGCUGUUUUGCAGUCUCCAGGAGCAAUAAAAGAGCGACAAAUGGCCUUGAGCAAACACUGUCCCACUGGCAAGAACAAUAGCAAAUUAACAGGCUCCACUAUGUGGAGAGGAAGCAAUGCAACCCUGGUGGGAGAGGAUUUCCUUCUGUAACACUUUCCUCAGCAUAACUUAUCCCUUUCUCUGCUAAAUGUUUGCAGGAUACACCAGGGAUGCACAGACAAAAAAAAAAGUUGAUUACCAGAAUCCUCAACUGCGCCAACCCCCAAAUGUUACGUCUCUCUUCCUAACGCAAUCUACACAAAAUUCAAAUAAAUAACGACUAGGAUGGCAUAGCUCUUUAAAGCAACCCCAAUUAAUCACUGAAACCACAACGGUUGGAUCACUUGCUGAGGCUGCAGUUGAAUACAGCAGGGCUCUCCUCCAACUCACCACUGCAACAGGAUAGCACUGUUGACUUGAUACCCAGCAGUGACUUAGAUCUCCUCAGUCAUACAUCUGCCUGCAGUGCCCAGCUGUCAUCUUUCAAGGGGUAGGCAAACCAAAUGGCAUCUCCCCUCCCCCCAGCUCCAGCUUGCAAAAACAAGUAAAAGCAAAAUUCACUAUCAGCUUAACUUGGUUACUCCUAUAGCUCCCGAAAAGCAUUUUCAGUUAUGUCCACAAAAGUGCUUUAAAAGAGCACACUGAACUGAAUUCCUAAGUCAAAAUAAUGAAAUUCCAUAAAGCGUUUAAUGUUGAUGAAAUGAUGUUUCAACAGUACAUGCAACUUCAGUGUACACCUAUGAUCUUCACACAUUAGAUGUUGUGGCGAGCGGAUUCACAAAUGCAGUAUCAGCUACUUAGGUUGUCGUCUUUGACGCAGGGUUUCUCUUCCAAAAUCCCUGCAAUCUAACAAAGCAAAAGAGAGAGGGAAUACAAGAGGUAUAGUCUCCAUUUUAUGAAAGAGGAACUGAAGUAUACCCAAAAGGUAUUUAAGUAUCAAAAUAUAUCACCUGAAGUUUAGGUGAGGCAGUAAGAAGGCAACAGAGAAGUUGGUAAAUUGAAAUUACAUCUAAAUUACAGGGCAGACAUGCUUCACAGCAUGCCUUAGGGUCUUUAUCCCACAGCUCUCAAAAUUGAGCACCUGGUCAGAGCACGCUGGGUUUCCCUUUUGUCUUUGCACACUUAAAUUUUCGUCACAUGGAGACCAGGAAACGUGAAUGGGGGAGUGUAUUUGGAUUCAGCUCAAAGAGCUGGGAAACAGCUAAGACACCCACUCAUAUCCACCACCUGGAAAACAAUUCUCCAUUUUACUGUUCAGAUAUACACUGAAGAACAUUUUGACUUUCUUAGAAUACCUAGGUGUGGUAUUUCAAGAGGUAAUAUCAUUCAAGUUCCCAAGCAGUUAAAUGUCUUGUAUAAGGUUAAGGCUGAAAAUAGCAAUCCCGCACUGAUAACUGCAGCUGUCCUUUUUUCUCUUUCACCAUUCAUAAACAUAAGACCUUAUGCACUGCAUAUGGCCAGGUUAUAUAACCUGGCUGUCUAAAGUUUCAUUAAAAAAAACAAACAAACAAACAAACGCACGCCAAGGACAACAGUUCCUGAUUUCCAGUUGACUGUUAGCAGCAGCCCUAACAGCACUGCCUACAGGCAAGCAGUAAAAGUAAGAAAUGACCAUUUGCAGGCAUUCCAUUUUUUGUGGUUUCCUCUUCUGCAGGAGUCACAAAAGACAAUGACACAUAUACCUGCUUUAGGGGGCUGGCAAAUUAUCAAAAUAAGUAGCUAAUUUGUAAGCAUAUUCUCUGUUUUGUCUUCUAAUUCUGUACUAAGUUUGGCCAUGAGAUGUUCACAUUGUAUUUCAUUCUUGUUUUAGGAAUUAUUAACAAAACUGUUUAGAGAACUGGACAGUUGAGGAUAAUCAGAUUCUUUCAAUUGGCUCACAGUGCCUUCACUACAACACAAAGGAACCAUGAAAAAAGGGAAGGAAUAGCUUCAGGUUCAGUUCAUUUCUUGAUAAACAAACGUCCAAAUGACAAAAUACGGUUUAAAUAGAAGCUGUGGCAUUAGCCUGGGGGAAGAACGACCCAGUUGCCUUCAAGGCAGAAAAGGCCCAACUCCAGAGCAGUGCAUACCACACCAGCAGAACAGGCAUUGUGGAUGUCAUCAAGGCACUAGUACCGUGGGGCAGCACUGGUACCAGUGUUACCUGAGAUUAACAUCUCACACAUACAUACAGACAUCAUUGUUCCCAGGAAAAACUUGAAAAGGUAAGGAGAAUAAGUUACAAGCAAAUUCUUGUACUAAUUAAAGUUGUGUACCUUUAUGAAUAGUAUGGAUGCAUUGCUGAAGCACUCAUGACGCUGGCAGAAAGAUACAACACCAAUGCAGCAGAGAUUUUCCUUUUUCAGAUCAUUGUCAGUGGAAUAUAAAGAAUCACCGUCAGCUAAGAGGCUUGACUAUACAUUUCACUUAAGUGAAAACUGUAUUGGAAUAAGGCAAUUAAAACCAGUACAGGUAAACGUUAAAUUAAGGCAAGUCUUGGUACUGAAGGGGAAUUGGUAUCCUCAAACUCUACAGAGACAUAUUCUUAAGUGAUUGACAGGAUUUGCAGUGGUAUCCGUUACUGUGAUGCAAGAAGGGAAGAAAGAAAUACAGCUUUUGACAGCAAAAAAAAAAAAAAAAAAAAAUUUACCCCAACUGGAGCUAAUGGCAAAGCUUUCUGACUGAAGUCAGUUGAUACAAGACGAGAAGAAUCACUGAAAUAUGACCUGAUAAGUAUUAAAUACAAGCUGUUUUAUCAAUAACAGGAAAUGUCAUUCUAUUUCCACUAUUUGAAUUCCAAAGUGAUUUUAGAAAAUAAUUAAAUAUCAGCUGCCACAACAGUAAUCAGUAUCAUUUACUCUUUCAGAAAUACUGAGCUCAAUCCAUACCAAAAAAAAAAAAAAA